CGUCUUUUCGCGUAUCCAGACACGCAAUUCCAUCGUCUCGGUCCGAACUACGUGCAACUGCCAGUGAAUUGUCCAUAUCGUGCACGAGUACAUAACACACAACGUGAUGGACUGGCGGCACUUGGUGAUAAUCAAGGUGAGUGGUACGAGGCGAGCGAUUUUGAUUGA